AGUUGAUGUUUCCUCUUCAUCAGGUAGAGCUGAUGUUUCCUCUUCAUCAGGUAGAGCUGAUGUUUCCUCUUCAUCAGGUAGACCUGAUGUUUCCUCUUCAUCAGGUAGAGCUGAUGUUUCCUCUUCAUCAGGCUCCCUUUCCUAAACGUUAAUGUAACCCUGGUUUAAACACACUUUUAUUUGUUAAAAACUUUAAAUUCCCACCCUUUUUCAAGUUCCUGAAUGCAUCACAUUCACCUGCUUGAUCACCUGGCUUCUCCAGCCAAUCCCAUGUUUUGGAGGGAAUAUGUAUGCUACCUCACUUCCUCUCCAGUCAGUUGUGUUGGGAGAGGAGCUGAGGAAGCAGCUGUACAGGUCAGUUCUCAAACAAACACAGUUAAGAAACGUUUUGGUUUAAACUAAUACAUAAAAUGCCAAAUUACAGAGCUCUAUUCAAUUCAGUUCAAUUCAAUUUUAUUUAUAUAGCGUCAGUUACAGUCAAAUUGUCUCCAGACGCUUUACAGAACCCAUAUGCCUGACCCCCAGAGCAAGCCCAAAGGAGACAGUGGCAGGAAAACACCCUUUUAACAGGGAAGAAACCUCGAGCAGAACCCGGCUCUACUCUGGGACGUGAGGAUUGGUGGGACCAAAUGCCAUUUUGUGCAAAUCUGAUCAUUGGAAUUGGCCAGGUACCUUAGCCUUUAUGGGUUAAUUUGAUGGUGAGCUCGUGAUCCACGGCCAGGAGCCAGAAGAACCCUCAGUCCGUCUCUGUAACACCUGUCGGGUAGGAGGCUGGUGCAGCCUGCUCUCUCCCUCCACUUACUCACCUUCCAUUUGCCCCGCUCCACUAUUCACUUUCCUUUGGACAAUUGCGCUUCUCCAUAACCCCCGAAAACCCAUAACAAUUAAUGAACAUUUUGCGGUGCCUAAAUGGACUGUUGUGUGUAACCGGAAAACUACAACAAAAGGACUUUGGGUUUUGGUUUGUUCAUUUUAAGUUGAACAUUUGGAAUUAGUGCGCAUAUCUUUAAUGUAAAUAUUCACUGUACAAUUGGGUUGUUUGUGUUUGUUUUGUUUGUUAUCAAAUAUUCACCUUAAUAUAUGGUACCAUCACUUUAAACCUUACCUUGUUGUCUUGUAGUUACUGUUCUCCGCUCUCCAGCAGCCGUUCUUAGAUCUUCUGAGCACUAGUCUAAUUCUUGUGUUAACGCAUUAUUUAGUUACACUGUACAACCAGGUGUUAAUAUAAUACUUGCUACAUUAACCUUAUCUCCAGCUGUAGUGUUCCCUAAAGCGGCAGUAUCCACAGGACAAGCACCAGGCUUAUUAAAACACUGAAAUAGUUUCAUUUAGCUUUGCUUUCUUUUUCUUAUUUUUUCUCCACUGACUGAUGUUGGGUCAUUAGAAGUUCUAGACUCAUGUCCCUCUUCUUCUAAGCCAGGGGUAUUCAGCUAAAAUUCAGAGAGGUCCAGUCAGCAAAGGUCCAGAACAUCAUAAUGUCUAACUUGAGUUACUGUGAUAUAUGCUGAUGUAACCUGGUAGUUUUAUUAGAGUCUGCCUGUAAUCAAAAACUGACCGUCAAAUAAAUUCAGUACGGUUCAAAAACAUUUUGACAUUUAUUAAUAAAUAACUUUUUAUGUAACUGUUUAUCUUAAAAUAAAGUGUAGAACUUUAAAAAGAAGUGGCUGAACAACCUGCACCAACUUCUAUACAUCUUUAACAAUAAUUAAAUCUCAUAAAUGUAAACAUUUGAACACUUUCACAUUGUUUUCUUGUCUUCUAUCACUCCCCUAAUAUCUCUGCAGCUUAAUGGGAGAACUGAGCUGCUGCUUGUCCUGCCAGUGUUUUCAAUCAUGGCCUGAAUGGUGUCAGAGCUGUUCUCAAACAUAUUUAGAGGAGCUCAUUGGUGAUUCUGGAACAAUAUUUAGUUUUGAUUAUGUUCAUAGUUGAGAAAGCUGCCUUACAGCUGUAUGUUGAGCCAAACAUGGUCAGCAUGUGACCACAGUCUGUCCUCUAGACAGACUGCUUAACUCAUACGUACCAGACUCGGCUAUUGAGCCAGUGUUGCCAACUUAGCGACUUUCUCGCUAAAUCUAGCGACUUUUCAAAGCUCCUAGCGACUUUUUUUUGUCAAAAGCGACUAGCGACAAAUCUAGCGACUUUUUCUGCCGUUUUGGAGACUCUGACAGGAAAACUCGGCUCAUUCUGCAGUUACUGUUUUCAACCAGCAGCAGGUGCUGCUGUGAGCUUCUCCCCCUCCCAGAGCACAGGCUGUCAGUCCAGUAACCCCACAGCAGUCCGAGUGAAGGGAGGGGGAGACCCACAUCACUCCAGACGACAGAUGAAUCACACAUGCGCAGUCACUAUAGAUCCCAUCCAGACUUACGGAGCCAUAUAAACGAAAAUGUUUCUUCACUGUCAUACUAAAAUAAACCACAGCAUUUAGCCUCUAGUACAAAAACAUAUUAUGGGUGUUUUAUAUUCACUCUUUGGUCUCUUCCACAACGUUAUUCCUCUCUCCUACAACGUUGAUUACAAUUACAUGCAAACUGGGAAAUAUGCAAAUUAGGCGAUGAUGUCAUUUAGCGACUUCUAGCAACUUUUAGGACAGCCAAUAGCGACUUUCCUUACUGAGGAGUUGGCAACAGUGUAUUGAGCUAGCCGGCUACAUAGCCAUCGGCAGGACAGGACGGAGGACUCCGGUAAAAGCAGAGGAGGGUGUGUGUGCAUGCACAUUAAUAACAGCUGGUGUACUGACACGGUGACUGUGGACAGUCACUGCUCCGCAGAGCUGGAAUAUGUGACUGUUAAAUGCAGGCCUAUGUACCUUCCCCGGGAGCUAACGGUGAUGUUUGUGACUGUUGUUUACAUCCCACCCGAUGCUAAUGCUAGCGCGGCUAACGGACUACUCCACAGCAGCAUUAGCAAGCAGCAGAGCAGAUACCCCGAAGCAGCACACAUCAUAGCAGGGGACUUCAAUCAUGUGGACCUUAAAACAGUGCUCCCCAAGCUUCAUCAGCACGUUAAGUGUGCCACCAGAGGACUUAAUACACUGGACAAGGUGUGCUCCAACAUCAAGCUGGGCUACAAGGCUAAACAGCUAGCACACCUGGGCCAGUCUGACCACAUGUCCCUGCUUAUGAUGCCUGCAUACACCCCCCUCCGGAAAACUGCCCCCAGCACCAGAACUUGGCCUGAUGAUGCCUCUGAGCAGCUGCAGAACUGCUUUGAAAGGACAAACUGGGACAUUUUCGAUCACCCUGACCUGGAGGUGUUCACAGACAGUGUUCUGUACUACAUCAAAAACUGCAUAGACAAUGUCACAGUGAACAAGACCAUCCGGGUGUACCCCAACAGGAAGCCCUGGAUGACCCAGAAGGUCCAGCAGCUGCUUAAAAACAGAAACACCGCCUUCAGGUCUGGUGACAGCGAUCUGUACAGUGCAGCCAGAGCCGACCUGAAGAAAGGCAUCAGAGAGCUGUACAAUAUGGAGUGGUGCAAGAGGGACUAUAGGAGGAGGAUUGAGGACCACCUGGAGAGCAACAACAGCAGACAGGUGUGGCGAGGGGUCCAGCACCUCACAAACUACAGGGCCAACACCGGAGCUGCUGAGGGAGGAGCCUCACUGGCAGAGGAGCUGAACAGCUUCUUUGCCCGCUUUGAGACAGGAUCCCCGGAGGCAGCUACAUCACACCCUGCGGUCCAGAGCAGCACCAGCCUCACAAUGGAGGAGCACAAUGUGAGGCACACGGUGCGGGCGGUCGAACCAUGGAAGGCGGCUGGACCCAAUGGUGUCCCUGGACGGGUGCUGAAGGACUGCGCUGACCAGCUGGCUGGAGUGUUCACCAGAAUCUUCAACCCGUCCCUAUCCCAGUCCAUCGUCCCACCCUGCCUCAAGUCCUCCACCAUCGUCCCCCUGCCCAAGAAGCAACACAUCUUCAGCCUCAAUGACUACCGGCCAGUAGCUCUCACUCCAGUGGUGAUGAAGUGCUUUGAGAAACUGGUACGGGGUCACAUCACCUCACUCCUCCUCAGAAGCCUCGAUCCCCACCAGUUUGCAUACAGGGCCAACAGAUCGACGGAGGAUGCUGUAGCUACAGCGCUCCACACGUCACUGUCUCACCUGGAGCAGCAGGGGACAUGCACAUGGAUGCUCUUUGUGGGCUACAGCUCCGCGUUUAACACCAUCCUUCCUCACAAACUGGUGGGUAAACUGGGAGACCUUUGACUUCCACAUUCCAUCUGCAUGUGGAUCUACAGCUUCCUGUCAGACCGCAGGCAGAGGGUGAGGGUGGGAGACCACACAUCUGGGACCAUCAGCCUCAGCAUCGGCUCCCCCCAGGGCUGCCUGCUGAGCCCUCUGCUCUACACCCUCUACACAGCGGACUGUACCUCUACGCACCCCAGUAACACCAUCAUCAAGUUCGCCGACAACACCACAGUUGUGGGGCUCAUCUCUGGGGGGGAUGAGUCCGCAUACAGGGCUGAGGUGGAGCAGCUGACUGGGUGGUGCAGAGACAACAACCUGCUCCUCAACACAGUCAAGACCAAGGAGCUCAUCAUCGACUUUCGGAGGACUAAAACAGACAUUCCACCUCUGAUCAUCAACAGGGACUGUGUGGAGAGGGUAGAGGACUUCCACUUUCUGUGAGUCCACUUAGAGAAGGACCUGACCUGGACUGUGAACACCUCCGAGCUACUGAAGAAGGCCCGGCAGAGACUGCACUUUCUGAGGGUGCUCAGGAAGAACAACAUCUCCCAGAGACUGCUGGUGUCUUUCUACAGGUUCCCCAUGGAGAGCAUCCUGGUGUUCUGUCUGUGUGUGGUACACCAGCUGUACGGUGGAUCAGAGGGCCUCACUGCAUAGGAUCAUCCACACGGCCCAAAACAUCACAGACUGCCAUCUCCUCACACUUGAAGAGCUGCACCGCUCCCGUUGCCUCCGAAAGGCAGGAAAAAUAACCCAGGACCCCUCUCACCCAGGACACCACAUGUUUAAUCUGUUACCGUCAGGCAGGCGGUACAGGUCAGUCACUGCAAGGACAAACCGGUUCAGAGACAGUUUCUACCCAACAGCAGUCAGGGUUCUGAACAAAGGCUAAUAGCCUUUGUUAAUGUGAAAUGUGCAAUAUACACCACUACCUCCGAUAUUAUAACUACCUCAUGUUGUUCAAUGCACCUUUUAUCGUAUUUCUCACACUGUUUUGCACUAAUUGAAGGGCUUUUGCAAUUUCGUUGUACUUGUUGCAAUGACAAAUAAAAUUCUAUUCUAGAGAUGUGUAAUGCACAAAAGAUACAACUCUAAGAGUCGAUGCUUUGUAGUGAAUCUGAAGAGCCGACUCCUAACGUAUUUAAUGGAGUAUGGAGUUUAACACUGUCCUAGCAGAAAACAUGUUACUGGAUCCUAGAUUAAAGAAGCUUGCCUUCAGUGACAACAGAGCUGUUGAUGAGAAACUUCAGAGAAUAAGAGCAGCAGCCUGACACCUCCACCAUUAGAGGACCAAGUGGAGGAGGAACCUCAAACUUCUGCUGUGUGGAGGCUCUUUGAUGGAAGAGCUACAGGAGAUGAUUCAGGAGAAAUCCUACAGCUGAUGUGGUAAUGGAGGAUCAUAUCUAGAGGAAGCCCUCAUCCAACCAGCAGACGACCCACUGAGCUGGAGCAGGACAAGGCCUCAGUCUGCCCCACCUGGUGAAGGUGAUGGAGGAGAGACAACUUCUUCCAUCUGAGAGAAUCUUCUCAAAAACACGGCAGAUAUUCACUGAAAGAAGAAAUGUAUCAGCCCAUCCAAGCUCAGCCAUCUGAUUUUUCUGAAUGUCAGCCUGCUCUGAGGACAUUUAUACUGUUUGAAUACUGAGUCUGGUUCUGGUUCUGUUCUGGUUCUGUGGGUUCAUGUGCAGAGUUUUGUUCAUUUGUUUUUUGUGCAAAAAAGUUUGAUUGAAAUAUUAAACAAAAAUAAGAAUACCUGUUUUUGUAACAGAGCAAAUGUACAAAAUGAGUCAAUUAUAAGGCUUCUCAUAAAAACACUGAAUGAAAAAGAGUUUGUCAAAACACAAAUGAUUCAUAUUUGCCAGGUUAGGAUAAAAUAUGAGGCUACAAAGAAUAAUAAAUUAGGAGCCAUUUGGGAGCAGAAAGAACCGGCUUUUCUUUGGAAGCAGUGCCAAAAGCUCUCUGAAAAGAGCUGAACUUCCAUCACUACUGUCCUCUCUGUCCCUCAUCUCUCAGCUGCUUUUUGAAGGCAGAGCUGUGAUGCGAUUCAGCGACGUCAUUGGCUGAGUAGCGUCACGUGGGAUGCCUGAACUCGUACAUAAUUGGUCUGUGCGUUUCUGAGCCGAUAGACCAAUGAUAAACACUGGAAAGCUGCACCCUGCACCGGUAAAAUAGAAGCGACCUGUCAAAUUUACACCCGUAUAGACGGCGUCUGGGUCCGGAUCCGGACCGCGGUCGGCCUUUAGUGAGCCCUGUUCUCAGCCAGACACCUUCCCCCGUCCCAUACAGCUUCACCGCUUCCUGACACAGAGAAGACGAAUUUAUGAACGGGGAAGUGAACGUUAUGUCAAAAAACAUACUGAUACUGUUAUGAUCCUGCUCCAGGUCCUGCCCUUCUUCCUCCUUUUCCUUCUUUUCCCCAUUUCUGCUCAUCUGUGUGUUUUCACUUGUCUUUCUUUGUCUCUGUCUGUCAUCUCUCCCUCCUGUCUUUCUCCCAGUCACUCACCCUCUUGCUCUGCCAGCUGAUUACCUGAAUGACCGUCAGCUGCAGUGAUCAUUGAACUCACUAUUUAAACCCCACUCACUUGCUCAGUCUCUGCUGGAUCAUUGACUCACAUGGUGCCACAGACUCUGACCCCCACAAAGCCUACUACCUCUGGACUGCUUGUGUUGAUGGACUCUUCUGCUUCCCCCGUUGUGGAUUCACCCCUCUCGGACUCAGUUGUGCUCCUGUCAGUUUUUGGACUUUCCCCAGCCUGUCUUGCCCCCGUGGUUUACAGUUUCUCCGUGGUUUACAGUUUCUC